UUGUCAGCUUUGGUGUCUGUGUUGGCCAGUUCUGAAAUCUCCUUGAAGGAGCCCUACAUUGAGGAAGAUCAAAGCAGCAGUCUUUGCCAACUGGGGAAUGGACCGUUUGAGUUCCUUUAGCAUGUUUCACUCGAGGAUUUGAGUACAAGAAACAUCAAAGUGAUCAUACUUACGAAAUAAUGCACUGAAUAAUAUUCUGUUGUCUGGAUGUACCACAGUUUAUUUAUUCAUCCACCUACUGAAGGACAUCUUGGUUGCUUCCAAGUUUUGACAAUUAAGAAUAAAGCAGCUAUAAAUAUCCAUGUACAGGUUUUUCUAUGGACGUAAGUUUUCAACUCCUUUGGGUAAAUACCAAGGAACAUGGCUGCUGGAUCACAUGACCUCAGAUUUUCCUGUCCUUGACCCCAGCUGGACUGCUCAAGAAGAAAUGGCCCUUUUAGAAGCUGUGAUGGACUGUGGCUUUGGAAAUUGGCAGGAUGUAGCCAAUCAAAUGUGCACCAAGACCAAGGAGGAGUGUGAGAAGCACUACAUGAAGCAUUUCAUCAAUAACCCUCUAUUUGCAUCCACCCUGCUAAACCUGAAGCAAGCAGAGGAGGCAAAAACUGCUGACACAGCCAUUCCAUUUCACUCUACAGAUGACCCUCCCCGACCUACCUUUGACUCCUUGCUUUCUCGGGACAUGGCAGGAUACAUGCCAGCUCGAGCAGAUUUCAUUGAGGAGUUUGACAAUUAUGCAGAAUGGGACUUGAGAGACAUUGAUUUUGUUGAAGAUGACUCGGACAUUUUACACGCUCUGAAGAUGGCUGUAGUAGAUAUCUAUCAUUCCAGGUUAAAGGAGAGACAACGGCGAAAAAAAAUUAUAAGAGACCAUGGAUUAAUCAACCUUAGAAAGUUUCAGUUAAUGGAAAGGCGGUAUCCCAAGGAAGUCCAAGACCUUUAUGAAACAAUGAGGCGAUUUGCAAGGAUAGUGGGGCCGGUGGAACAUGACAAGUUCAUUGAAAGCCAUGCAUUGGAAUUCGAACUCCGAAGGGAAAUCAAGAGGCUCCAGGAAUACAGGACAGCAGGCAUUACCAAUUUUUGUAGUGCCAGAACCUAUGAUCACCUCAAGAAGACUCGAGAAGAGGAACGCCUCAAACGCACUAUGCUCUCGGAGGUUCUCCAGUACAUCCAGGACAGUAGCGCCUGCCAGCAGUGGCUCCGCCGGCAGGCUGACAUUGAUUCUGGCCUGAGUCCUUCCGUACCAAUGUCUUCGAAUUCAGGUAGACGAAGUGCACCGCCCUUGAACCUCACUGGCCUCCCUGGCACAGAGAAGUUGAAUGAAAAAGAAAAGGAGCUCUGUCAGAUGGUGAGAUUGGUCCCGGGAGCCUAUUUAGAAUACAAAUCUGCUCUACUGAACGAAUGUAACAAGCAAGGAGGCUUGAGACUGGCACAGGCAAGAGCACUCAUCAAGAUAGACGUGAACAAAACCCGGAAAAUCUAUGAUUUCCUCAUCCGAGAAGGAUACAUCACUAAAGCCUGAGGCUCUCCGGGCCUGGUGGGCCAAAGGACAGUAAGGGCAUUCUGGAGUUUUGUUUCUGAGCUGAAUUCUCCUUGUAAAAAGAGGGGAAGAACAAAGGAAACCUUAAGUUGUAUUCAUGUCUACUCUCUUCUCCACCCUGCUUUAAACUACUCCUGUUGUUGGUACUGUGCUGCAGAGUUAUGUGCUAGAUAAGCUAUUAUUAAUUGUGUGUGGGCAUUCAUUCCUAACACCUCUUGUAACUAAAACAAGAACCAUAGUACCUCACAUCACAGUGUUGGUAGAAAUAGAACUAAACCAGUCUUUAGUCCCAGGAGUCCAGCUCAGAUCCUUGUACUUGCUUGGGAGGUUGGUUUUCUGAUUAUCCAUUUUGCCUUCAGACAUUACAGACAGAUUUAAAAUAAAGAGGUUAUAUAGAGAGAAAGCUUUCUCUUUCUGUCUGAGGAUUCUUUUAAGCUGACAACUUAUGUUUAUGAGCAAAGAGAAGGAAAAUCUCCCCAUGAUGGUCUUGUCCCAAACUGCAUCUUCAACUUUAAUGUCUGGCUUUGUAAGUUGCAGUCUGGCUGUCUAAUCUGCAGUAGACUUUUGAGGAGGUGGCACUGGAUAUAAAAUGUCUCUGUUAUUUUUAGAAUUAAUGGAUUAAAAUGUUUUGCUACUUAA